GGUGUCCCGUCUCUCCCACCAAGCGGGACUCCGUGUGCAUUGUACCGGAAAGUUUGCCGUCAACGCUGAUGUCAGGCAUUGUGUAUUUACCCUCUAGCGCAAGGUACGUGUUCUUGGCCGUGCAGUUUAUGAUAUAAACAAGUUAGAAUGUCUCCGACUAAAAGAGUAGUUCUUAUAACAGGCAGUUCGAGAGGAAUUGGUGCGGAAACUGCUAAAGGAUUUGCAAAGGAAGGAGCAUCGUUGUGCAUCACUGGGUUACCAUCCCAAAAAGAUGAAUUGGCAGAAGUUGCGAAAGCUUGCAAAGAAAAUGGAUCUCCGCAUGUAUUGGAAGUAGCAGCUGAUCUAACAAAACAAGAAGAUAUGGAUUUGUUGAUGAAUGAAACGAUCAAGACGUUUGGACAACUUGAUGUCUUGGUUAACAACGCGGGAAUAUUUAUGGCUGCAGAUUUAGAAGGGUACACCAGUGAAGACUUCGACAAAAUAUUUAGCAUCAAUGUUAAAGCGCCGAUCUAUCUAACCAAGCUUGCUAAGCCUCAUCUCAGCAAGACGAAAGGUAACAUCGUCAACAUGUGCAGUAUUGCUCGCAAGAACUAUACACCUAAUAUAUUGUUGUACGGAAUGACAAAAGCAUCAGUCGCGUAUUUAACCAAGACGACUGCCGCAGAUUUUGCUGCGAAUGGUAUUCGGUGCAAUGCUGUAAGCCCAAGCGGCAUGGAUACCAAGAUAUUUGACAACGUUUUCGGCAAAGAACAUAUUACAGCUUUUCUGGAAAGUCUUACCACAAAACUACGCGAUCGUUUGGUGGAAAUCAGUGAAGUUUCAGACCUCAUACGGUUUCUUGCUUCAGAUAAGGCGAUCAUGAUCACUGGAGAAAUAAUCACUAUUGACGGAGGUUUAAUGUUGUCGAAAAUUGCUGGUCUCAAAACAGGACAUCAGUAACUGUGUUACUAAUAUUUUAAAGAACUAUUAACUUAAACGUUGUAGUUACGCGUAUGCUGUGCUAUACUGCGCGUGUAGGAGCCCCGUGGAAAAAGGCUUGCACCUCGUCGCGCUUUAAUUGGCUUCUCCUUACGCCAUAACGUUUUCAUAUGUCUCUUUCCAAUUAACAAUAGACUUGCUAUUGUAGUUAUGGUAGCAUACAAAUGAGCUACAAAUGUUGUUGCUGGUUAUACUACAGCGCACCGCAUCAUAUUAAAGUACAGCUGUAUAUAUUGGA